AUGUCGCGGAAGAAAGCGGCUCGGAGUAAGGGCAGCGGAGCUGCGCCCUCCGCAGCGCUGCCCCCCGCACAGCAGGGGCAUGGCCAUGGGCAUGGACACGGACAUGGGCAUGGGCAUGGACAUGGGCACGGCCACGGCCGCUCCGCCGCCCCCCGGGGCUCCGCACCGGCCCCCGACCUGCCCCGCAACGGCGGCGCGGCCGCGGCCGGGCGGCCCUCGCUCAGCAGCAGCGGAGAGUUCUACGAUCUGGCGUUCAAGGUGAUGCUGGUGGGCGACUCCGGGGUCGGCAAGACCUGCUUACUGGUGCGCUUCAAGGAUGGAGCUUUCCUGGCCGGCAGCUUCAUUUCCACAGUGGGAAUCGACUUCAGGAACAAGGUGCUGACAGUGGAUGGGGUGAAGGUGAAGCUGCAGAUCUGGGACACAGCGGGGCAGGAACGCUUCCGCAGCGUCACACACGCCUAUUACCGGGAUGCCCACGCCCUGCUCCUGCUCUACGAUGUCACCAACAAAGCAUCAUUCGACAACAUCCAGGCCUGGCUGACAGAGAUCCAUGAAUACGCACAGCAAGACGUGGUGCUCAUGCUCCUGGGGAACAAGGUGGAUUCAGCCCAGGACAGAGUGGUGAAGAGGGAAGAUGGAGAAAAACUAGCCAAGGAAUAUGGAGUGCCCUUUAUGGAGACCAGCGCAAAAAGCGGCCUCAAUGUGGAAUUAGCAUUCACAGCCAUUGCAAAGGAACUGAAGCACAGAUCCAUGAAGCUGCCCAAUGAGCCCAAAUUCAAGCUCCACGACUACGUGAAGAAGGAAGUGAGAGGCUCAGGCUGCUGCAGGUCCUAAUGCGCCCGGCGCAUGUGUACAGAGACUCAUGCCAGUGUUCGUGUGCCGGUGUGUGCAUGUCUGUGUGUCCGUCUGUACCUGCCCGCGAGGUGAGCUGAGCACGGGGAGCCGCAGGAAGAGCCCUCUGGGAUGCUGAGCCGUGUGCUUCCCGAGCCCCCAUCGCAUCCAUUGGCAUUCCCGGUGUGGAUGGGGGGGUGGGUGCUUGGGAAGGGACCAGGAUGGGUAAACCCGGUCGUCUCCAUCCCUUCAACAGCAGCUUCUUUGACAUUAGUAAGAAUCAUGGUGUGAUCAAGGGGAACAAACAUCUUCUCCCCACCAACAUCCAGGUUGGAAAAGGUCCUGAGAUCCCUUUUCUUUCCCUGCAUACCUGGAAUUCUGUGGUUCAGAGCCCUGGGGCACAGAGGAAAGACUGUUUUAGAGGUGUUGUAGUUAUGUCCAUCUGCCCAUCUUUUACCUGGUGUGAAACACAAGAGGUUUGUCCUCUGCCCUGCAGAAGAGCUUCACUGUCUGAGUAAGCUCUGGGUAAGCUCCUGCUCCCCUGUGUGUUGUACAGAGACCUCCUGGGUGUCUCUGUUGGGUGAAGGCUUCGGUUCUCUCAUCCUGCCGUUCCUAGUACUUUCAAUGGAGCAGAAAUCCAACGCAUUGCAGCUUGUUCUAAAUGCCUUCAUGUGAGUGCCACAGCGUUUUUAGACUGCAACAAAGCUUUGAUAUCUUCAAAGUUCUCUUGGGACAGCUUUCUUUUAAUGGAGCAA